UCUCAGACAAAAGUACAAGGGAAGAGUGGGCUGCCCUCCAUGAUGGCAUACAUUGUGAACACUGUGUUCUCGGUCCUCCACUCACUCCUCCAAAGCGGCUGUGGCACUCUGUUAUCUCAGAAUGCAACGAUCGAGAGUUCACAGGAGUGCGUGGCCACAGGAGAUGGGAAACAGAGCCACUCCUCUUGCCUGACAGGCAGCCCAGAGGUGGAGGAAGAAGACUGUGGACAGACUCCUCAGGGGAAUCCCAUGGGGCCGCUGCCUCAGGGUCCUGCACAAGAGGUCUCAGGAGAUCUGAAGGAGAAAGAACCCACCCCCAAAAUACUUCGGCUCAUUCUGGUGGGUAAAACAGGAAGUGGGAAAAGUGCAACAGGAAACAGCAUCCUUGGCAGACAAGUAUUUGAGUCCAAACUCAGUCCUAGACCAGUGACUACGAAGAUCCAGAAAGGGAGCCGAGAAUGGGCUGGGAAGGAGCUGGAGGUGAUCGACACCCCAGACAUUCUGUCCCUUCCGGUCCAGCCGGAGGCAGCGGCUGAGAUCCGUCAGGCCAUAGACCUGACCUUGCAGGGCCCCCACGCGGUGCUCCUGGUGAUGCAGCUGGGCCGGUUCACCGAGGAGGACCAGCAGGCUGCCAGGCGCCUUGAAGAGAUCUUUGGAGCACGCAUCCUGGCUCACACCAUCCUGGUGUUCACCAGGAAGGAAGAUCUGGCAGGAGAUUCCUUGGACGAGUACGUGCGAGAGAGCAGCGAGGAGAGCCUGGCCAAGCUGGAUGUGCUGUGUGAGCGGAGACACUGUGGCUUCAGCAACGGGGCGCGGGGGGCUGAGCAGGAGGCCCAGCUGCGGGACCUGAUGAAGGAAAUCGAUGGGAUCCUGUGGGAAAACGAGGGCCAGUGUUACACCACCAGGGCUUAUCAGUGCUCCCAGCAGAAAGCUUUGUCCAAAGAAGCAGAGGAAAGGCCGAUGCCCGAGGAGCAAGGUUCUGAGGAGGCGCCCUGCAUGGAGUCUUGACCGGAAGGGUUGUCCUAACACAGAACCCUGAGAAGACAUUUAGACACCUCCUGGUGAAGGCUUGCAUCUGAGCUCAGGCUGGAUGUGGGUAGAUUUCCUCACUGGCCACACUCUGUGUCCAAUACCUAUUAAUUUUUGCUUUUUAUUUUUGGCCACAGAGAGCAGUUCAUUCCCCAGAUCGAGCAUCAGGUGUAGCUGGUGGGGAGAGCUAAGUUCACGGUGAACACCUAUAAAGGUCUUCAUAGAUUCUUCCAGAAUUCUUGUGCUCGCCCUCUGCUCACCCCCAAGUCACACUAGCUUAUAUGGGACUUUCCACCCCACAGGUAUUUCCGUUCUUGGGGUCCAUGUCUGCUCCUUGAUAGAGCUAAGCUUCUGGAGGGAGGGGCUGUCAGUGUUUCCUGCCCACAGCUGCUUAGUCAUGGGACUGGGUCAGAGUUGAUUCAACCCGGGGUCAGCUGUGGAUCAGACAGCUGUACAUCUCCUGGGCUUCCAUCUUAUUCCUAAAGAUACAGGCAUA